CCGGAUAUUGAGAGCGCCGGAAGAGAAGCAGGUGUCUUCCCUGGCCAUCUUGUGGUUGUCCGACGUGAGCUGUUGCUCGAACCCUCGAAGAAUCCGAGGAGAAUCCCGCUGUUAGGGCACCAUCAUGCCCGGACAUCUGCAAGAAGGGUUCGGCUGCGUCGUGACCAAUCGGUUCGACCAGCUAUUAGACGACGAAUCCGACCCGUUCGAGAUAUUAAAGGCGGCCGAGAACAAGAAGAAAGAUGCGGCCGCGUCUGGAGGCUCGAAGACGGCAGCCCAAGCCGCCAAACAGCCGAAGAAAGAGUCACAGAAAGACAGAAAAAACACAGCGCCGGAAAAGAAGGAAGAGACCCCAGCUCCUGUGCCUCUGAAGAAAGAGGGCAUGAGGAGGGUCGGCCGGAGACCAGAGCAGCAGGGUCAGGCCCCUUCCCAGCAACAAGGAGGUCAAGGAGAGGGUCGACCCACUGACAGGAGACCAGAAAGACGACCUCCUCGCGAGCGGCGCUUCGACAAACCAGCUGACGAUAAACCUCAGGGUGGAGAGUUUUCUGCAGACAAGCCAUCUGCAGACAGGCCGGCUAGAGGGCGUGGUGGAGGACGCGGGGGCGGACGCGGGCGUGGACGGGGCAUGGGACGUGGCGAGGGACGUAUCGAAGGCUUUGAUUCUCGGGGGAAACGCGACUUUGACAGACACAGCGGCAAUGACAAAUCUCGACAGAAAGGAGAGGAGAAGCGCAGUGGGAGUGGCCCACACAACUGGGGCAAUGUGAAGGAAGAAGUCAGCGAGCUUAACCAGACAGCUGCACCUGAGCCCACUUCUGAAGGAGACGAACAGGCACCUGCUGAUUCCGAAAACAAGGAGAAUGAAGUCGAGGAAGUGAAGGAAGAAGGUCCUAAAGAGAUGACACUGGAUGAAUGGAAGGCCAUGCAGGACAAAGAACGCGCCAAAGUUGAAUUCAACAUCCGCAAGCCCAACGAGGGAAACGAUGGACAGUGGAAGAAGGGCUACGUACUGCACAAGUCAAAGAGCGAGGAAGUCGGCACGCGGCCGGCUGGAGCUGUGAUUGAAUCUGGAGAUGUUGAUCCUGACUCAUUCCAGAAGGCAGAAGAAGGUGCCGGUGAUCAUCACUUCCGGAAGCCAGCCAAUGACAUCACCUCCCAGCUGGAGAUCAACUUUGGAGACUUGGGUCGACCGGGACGUGGCCGCGGGGGAUCUCGUGGUGGCCGUGGGGGUCGUGGAGGUAGUGGAGGCGGCGGCGGUGGUGGCGGCGGAGGUGGUGGUGGCGCAGGGCGACCAAGCCGAGGUGGCGGCAGAUCUGAGAGGGGUGGAGGCGUUUCUGUUCCCAAUGUGGAUGACCCUGAGGCUUUUCCAGCCUUGGCCUAAAGCUCAGCUCCUUCAUCAAAUUUUUCUCCUCCUCCUCCGGGCCUCCUCCUCUUUGACGCUUGCAUGCUAAUGGAUCCUUUGACCAUAGAAACCGUUGACAAAAAUAAUUGAACACGAGAGACUGUCAUCCAUACAUACACUGAGAACUGACUUUUACCUGCGGAAAAAAAACACACGAAAAUGGACUUCUUGAUACACUGAAGCAAAUUAUUGGUAGAGGUUUUGUAUUUAGAGACAUGAUAGCAGGGAUUUGUUCAUACAGUAUUUUUUUCCCUUGUUUUCCCAGAGAUUAUGCAUUCGCCAUAAAUAUUUUUUUAUUGCUGCUUGAAUGUAUGCGAUUCAAGAUGGAUUGAAGCGUGUUGUGAAAGCUUCCACUCGCGUGUAAUGGCGUAGUCACUCUCGAUAGCUCUACCAAAAGCGAAAUGUUUUUUUUUUUUUUUUUAGAUACAAGACGACUUGUAGUGGUUAUUUUACUGUUAAUAUAUAUACAUGGGUAAUGUAUAUUGACUAUUUUAAAUGUUUUGAAAGAGAGCUCAAAGGUCAAGUUAUCCUCCGGUCAUUUGGAUAUAAUUUUUGGCCUGUAGCAAGAAGCGAAUGCCUCGUCUUGAUCUUUCUUUGUUGUUUUUGUCGUCCUCUGGUGGACCAGUGGUAUUGGUGUUUGCGUUUUUGUUCCUCACUGAGAGUAAGAUCUUAAGUGCCCAGGGCUCAGUGUAGGUCCAGGUUGUAGGUUCUCCUGAACUAGAAACCUUAGGACCACUUUCAGCUGUAUAUGUGUGUGUGUGUGUGUGUGUGCGUGAAAGAUAACCUGUUUUAAUACUCAUCAGCCGUAAAUUUAUUUUCCUGAACUUAGAUUGUACGUUUCAGCAAGUCAUGAAGUUUUAUUGACUUUUUUUAGUGGGUUUUAUCUAGUAAAGGUUGUCGACACAUCUUGCACUUGGGUUUAUGGUGACGUUUGAAAUCUAGCUAAUAAGCACAUGGUCCACUCGCAUCAGUACCAUUUGUUUAUGUGUAUUUCUCCUGUGGUCUUUGCUGUGUUUUUGUUUUUAAUGAUUACCAUGACAGCACUGCUGCUUGCUUUUUCUGAAAAUUGUGUAAUUUAGGGUGGGACGAUUUAGGUUGUGCUGCAAAGAAAAUUCGGAACCAGCUUCUAAUGUAUGUGAAAUGGCACGACCUCCAAGUGUGAUGGCUCUGCGAUGUGCUCUGUAUAGAUAAGAGGAGGGACAAUAAAGUGGAUGACGACACUAGAUUCUGGUUUGUCACACUUCUACUGGAAGACUUGCCUGGGACCUCCAGUCAUAGAUGAACCUCUCUUACUCUUUGUGAUUCAGUUGUUUCUAUUAUAAAUAUGUCUCCAAAUAUCCCUGUUCAAUAAACUGCUUAGAAGUG